ACAGAAGCACCUGUGCUGAGUGAGGUCCUCCCCGUCUCGUCCUCCUCCUGCAGAUGGAUUCAGCAGCGUCCCCCGGCCUCUCUCUGGUCUCGUUCUUGUCUCUGUUAGCAUGUAGCAUCCAGGUGUUAGCUGCAGCCCUGCUAACACAAAGGUAUGGUGGGCGUAGCUCAGUGAAGGACAGGUGGAUCCUGCUGUGGCUCUUCUAUGAUGUCAUUGUCCACCUGACUCUGGAGGGUCCGUUUGUUUACAUGUCUAUGGCUGGGACGGUGCAGACGUCUGAAAGUCCACUGGCUGAGCUCUGGAGGGAGUAUGGUAAAGCCGACAGCCGUUGGCUGGUUUCUGAUCCAACGAUCAUCUCUGUAGAAAUUCUGACUGUGGUCCUCGACUCUCUGCUCGCAGUCCUGCUCAUACACGCUGUACUGAAGGACAAGUACUACAGACACUUUCUGCAGAUCGCUCUGAGCGUGUGCGAGCUGUACGGCGGCUGGAUGACCUUCUGUCCUGACUGGCUGAUUGGCAGUCCUAACCUGAACACAUCCAGCUGGCUCCACCUGUGGGUCUACCUGGUCUUCUUUAACGGCGUGUGGGUCCUGGUCCCGGGCCUGCUGCUAGUCCAUUCCUGGUUCUGUCUGAGGAGUCUGCACGCUGUCAGAACGGACAAGGACAUAAACAACAGAAAGAAGAACAAGUAGAGACAGCGUUUGUCUUUUGCCUCGUGAAGCCUGGUGGACUGACAGGUUCCUCACUGACAGAACAGGUGGACAGGUGUGACUGCGUCAGGAUUCAGAUCUGUAUCAAUAAAAGUGACUGAA